AUGAGCGACGAUUGCUCGCAAAAACGAUCAACUUUCUUUUUUUUUUUUACUUUGACAGCUGACAAAAUAAUUCUUUUCACUCAAGAUAUUCCAACUUUUGCAAUAUGUCUGGUUUGGUUUUUACUCCUUCAUUUUUCAUUCUCUUUCGCGUUUUCUUCUUUCUUUCUUUCUUUCUUUCUUCUUUCUUUCUUUCUUUCUUUUCCUUUUCUCUUUCUUUCUAUUGUCUCUCAGUUGCUUUCUCACGUUUUCUUCUUUCUUUUUAGCAUUUCUUUAUUCUUAAAAUUCUUCCAUUUUCUUUCUUUAUAUCAGUUACUUAAUCUUUCUUUUUUCAUAUCCUUUUUUUCUUCACUUCCUUCUGUCAAAUGUCUUGUUUUUCUAUUCUCUAUCUUAUAUCAAAAAUCUCUCAUAUCUUAUCUUUAUUUCCCCUCCUCGUUUCUUUGUUUAGUUCACCCUUUCUUUCCUUUUAUUUUUCUCUUUCUUAUCUUUUUUUUAAUGUCUCCGUCACUUUUUCCUCUUUUUUCUGCCUUUUCAUUUCUUCUUUCUUUUUAUUCUUUUUUUCAUUUAUUGCGUCACUUUCUUUUUCCUUCUUUCUUUUUACUCAACAAUACACACGAUGCCUGGUUUAAUGUUUACUACUCCUUCAUUUCUCUUUCAUUGUCUCUCUUACUUUUUUCUUUUUUUUUUUUUUUUUGUUUUUCUAUUGACUCUCUCUUUCUUUCUCAAUUUUCUUCUUUAAUUUUUGUUAUUAUUUCUUUAUUCUUAAAAAAUGUCUUACAUUUUCUUUCUUUACAUGAAUUAAUUUAUCUUUCUUUCAUUAUUUCCUUCUUUGAAAUUUCUGCUUCUUCUAUCGCCUAUCUCUCAUAUCUUAUUUUUUCUUUUUUUUUCCUCGUUUCUUUUACGUCAUUCGUUCUUUUCUUUACUUUCCUCUUUCUUAUCUUUUUUUUUACUGCCCCGUCACAUUUUCUUCUUUUUCUCUGUCAUUCUCUAUUUUAA